CAUUUGCGCACAAUAUUACUUUGCAUUGCAGUUAUGAAGUGAUCGGUGUGGAACCCCGUCGCGAUAGGUCGCCAAGAGCUUGACGCAUUGCCUUGCAAACUUCAUACUGAAGUCCCACUUUCGCAUUCGAGCUGAGAUAGCUCUGCGCACAAGGAAAUGGCGCCCGAAUCGUCUGCAUCGUCGGACCUGGCGGAGUACAUCCUCUCAGGUCCCCUUCUAAAGUCAUGCGCCAUUUCUGCUGAGUCAGUGCGCUCAAAUAUCGCGGAGUGGGAGCGGCUUGGGAAACUUUUAGCGUCACAGCUUGGGUUCGAACACGACCACAUGGACCUAGUGCAGCGACUGCGUGUAUACCACUACUACCUGCCGGUCUACUGGUGGGUCGCAAGGCAGCUGGAGCUGCACCGCCAGAGUGGCGCACGUACGGCCAUGGUGCUGGGCAUCUCCGCGCCGCAGGGUUGCGGCAAGAGCACCCUGGUGGAACAGCUAGCAGCACUGUUCAGCGCGCAGGGCCGCGCCGCCGCCUGCGUCUCCAUAGACGACUUCUACCUGCCGGCCGCCGGGCAGGCCGCCCUGGCCGCCCGCCACCCGGGCAACCGCCUGCUGCAGCUGCGCGGCAAUGCGGGCACACACGACCUGGAGCUGGGGGCGCAGACGCUCACUCGGUUACGGGAGCUGAGGCGGCCCGGGGACACCGCGGCAGUGCCCAGGUACGAUAAGUCGGCGUUCGGCGGCCGCGGCGACCGUGCCGAGCCCGGCAGCUGGCCGGUGGUUUCGGGGCCGCUGGAGCUGGUGCUGUUCGAGGGCUGGAUGAGCGGCUUCACCCCGCUGCGCAGCGAGGCGGAGGCGGCGGUGGUGGACCCGCACCUGCCGGCGGUGAACCAGCUGCUGGGGGGCUACCGGGCGGCGUGGGACGAGCAAGUGGACUGCUGGCUGGUCAUCAAGAUAGGGGACCCGCAGUGGGUGUACGAGUGGCGGCUGCAGGCGGAGGAGCGCAUGAAGGCGGGCGGGCGGCCCGGCAUGAGUGCGGAGCAGGUGGCGGACUUCGUGUCGCGCUUCAUGCCCGCCUACGCCGCCUACCUGCCAGGGCUGUACGCGGCGGGGCCCACCACGGCGGCACCGGGGCGCACGCUGGUGAUCGAGGUGGACCGGCAGCGCUCGCCGGUGGCGCAGCAGCCGGAGCCGGUGGGGUGAGGAGCGGUGGGCGCGGCUUGCCGGCUGGGAGGGAUUUCAGUUGCGGCGAUCUGGGUCAUGAGGUAUUGGCCGUAUUGCUGCCUGUGAUGACGGCGGCAGGGGGCCUGUAACAGGGCCCAAAGUGUGUGGGAUCAUGCGCAUGCGCCGAUGCAGGGAUUAUGGAGUGUUGGGCUGGAAGCAACAUCAAUUAGGGAGGAAUGCCAAGGGUGUGGCAUGUUGCUUCUUCCUUCCAUAUACUCGUUUGUCCCACACGGGCGUUAUGUAGUCAUGCAGGCGCAUGUUUGAUCGCCAUACGGCCAGUCGGCCACCUGGGGACGAAUACGUAGGCUGGGCAUGUGCGUGGAUGCGAGCAUUCACGCUUGGUGUCAAGAAGUGGUCAAUUGUAUUUUAUUUCUAGGGUGAUAAUUUGGACUGCAAUAGCCUCGCGAUGUGGAGUAUAGGCUUUGGUGUUUUGUAUCCGGGCACAACAUGUGUUUUACUGCCGCGGGUUGUACACAUAGGUUGGGUAGCAGUCGCAUAAGCACUACCCCCACUGCAGCCGUUAUGGGGCCACGCCACGCUGAAUUGUUCGCAUGCGUCCAUGUAAAGUCAACCAAAUUCGCAUUAAAGUGCAGUGCGUCGAGCGUUGGCGGUCUUGGUGACUGUGAGUGUGAGGGUUUUAUAGAUCGGGUGGCUGAGGCACUGAAUGGAGUACCUUGCUGGGGUGAUCCAGCCAGUACGGUGGGUCAAGCAGCUAGCGCUCUUAUGCUUUCUUCCCUGGCAGUGAGGGUGAUUCGAUUAUUUGUGCUUGACGGGCAUGGCCAUUGAUAUGACAGUCUUGACAGAUGAAGCCAUAUAAAUGCUGUGAAUGGGUCGAAUAUGGAUAUAGCGUGUUACGAGUAAGCUAUAGCAGAAAGGUCUCCAUACCGCCUUUAACUAGACUCUCC